AUGGCCGGACUUGCAAAUUAUAUAACUUUGAAAGUGUCAACACCUCUUCUCGAAUCGAAGAUGAAUUAUGUUCUUCUUGUACUUGGCUUGCUAGUGAAUACUGCCAUAUGUUUCUGUGCUACGAGCUCGAAACGCAGUGAUCAUAAACACUCGCAUCAGAGUGUUCAUAGAAGUCAAGGUCAAACCUCACGAAGGUCACGACGACACUGGGCGAUGGUGAGACACUACGACAACCCAUACGAAUCAACCUACCGCUAUGACUAUAACUUUAGAUAUCGAGAGGAAGAAGUCCUCAGAGAGAUCGUUAAUAUGCUGCGUGAAAUUAAACUAGACUUUAUGACACCGAAGCAGCAGCAACCGGCAUUUAUCCCGUAUUUCGUGCCGUAUCCAGUUCCACAUCAAAUGUCUAUAUUGGAAAGGGCAGUGGGACGAAAAGACAAGGCAUCCCACGACACACCAUUAGCAGCCAACAAACAGAGUGACAAAGACUCCACAACAGUGACAAUUACCCUGCACGAUCGUAAUAACUUUCCAAGUGAACCUACCGACGACGACUACAUGUCUAGGCCUAUCGCGUUUAAGCCUGUCACCGAAGCCGCUGCCACUUCGAGUGAAAAUCGAGAACCAGGUGAUGAGAUUAUAUUCCCGAACAACAUGCCCGCCACGGUAUCCAAGCAGCCUUCGAAGUGUCAAGCUGCUAUAAUCGCCUGCUGCAGAUUCCCACAAAGCGAAGAUAGGAAGAGAUGCUUCGCCCUACACGACUGUAUGGAAAUGUUUGCUGGAGAUAGAGCUUGUAAAAAUGAUGUCAUACGCUCGAAAAUAAUUGAUAAAAAAAGA